AUGACAGAAAAAAUCUUAGAGAAGUUAGAUAUUCUGGAUGAGCAGGAAAAGAUACUCUUGGCCAGAAGAACAAAGAAAAACAGGCUUCAGAGUCAAGGAAAAAAAAAGACUUUGGUUACACCCCUGACAUUUGACUUUCAGUUGGAAUUUGAAGAGGAUAUUGUUCCAUCCACAUCUAAGAAAGUACCCAGGAUCACAGAAGACAAGUCAUAUAGUAUUAAAAAAACAAAAAGAUAUAUCUGCUUCAAAAAUGAACCUGAACCUAGAAAGAGUGAUUUUGGAAAGUUAAAUUUAGGACCACACAUUGUAUCAACAAAUAUAAGAACUCAAGAAAGCAAGUCAAUAGAGCCAGUGAAAGAAAAUCUGAAAUCAAGAUCUUUUAGACAUUUUCUUUAUCUUAAGGACACAGCUGAGGUGAAGAAUCCUAAACUUUUGCAUGAUCUAUAUUCACAGACUAAGCAAGCAUGUAGAAGAACACUGGAUCCUACAACCAUUUAUCCUGCACCCAAGAUUCAAUCCAGUGCUUACAAGAAGGAAAAAGACUCUACUUUAUUUGCAGCUCAAACUGGAGAAAACCCUGAGGAAUCAUUUGAUUUGGCUGGUCGCUUAGAAGAUUAUAUCAAUAAAAGAAGAAAAUCUCCCCCACAGACAGGUGAUUUUAGCAAAGAAGAAAACAAAACCAUCAGAAAUGAUCAAUUAAGUGAAUAUUGUUCCAUAAGAAAGAAAAAUUUGCUCCCCUUGUGCUUUGAGGAUGAAUUGAAAAGGCCAAAUGCCAAGAUAAUCAACAUUAGUCCAGCAAAGACAGUAACUUCUCAUAUGGAACAAAAUGACACAAAUCCCAUAAUUUUCCAUGAGACUGGAUAUGUACAAAUGUUACUUUUGACAAAAAAUAGGCUUCCUCUCUAUCCCAUGGAAAAGGAAAACAUUUACCCACAUAAAAGACCAGAUUUUGUUUUAGAAAGAAAUUGUGAAAUCCUCAAAUCUUUAAUUAGUGAUCAGUGUAUUAUUCCUUCCAAACCUAAAAGAAUUAUGCCUACUGCAUGGAAAAGAGAUAUACGAGCACUAUCUUUGAAAGUGGGCCAUAGAGUUGUAGAGGGUAAACUAAAGAAGGAAACGAGUAAGCAGACAUUUGAAAACAUAUCCUGGAGCAAACUCUAUGAUUUCUCACAGACUUUUUCCAGCCUAACAAAAAAAUUUGUGGGCUUCUUUGAUAAAACUGUUAUUCAAGAAAUGAGUGCCAGACAUGGCAACUUGGAAAGAAUGUUUUCUACAGUAAAACCAAUUAGCAAAUUCAGUGCCUUACCUGUCAAAUAUGGCUCAAAGCCUUUAAAAACUAUACUCGAAGUUCAUAAAUUAAAUAAUAUAACACCAUUGGAUGAUUUGUUAAAAUAG